AGCUAACUUCGGCCGCUUGGCAUUUGUCAUUUAUAUAUGAAAAACGGCGGUAACUUUUUCAGUGCAAAAAGCAUUUAUUCCAUUUAUUGUUAUUUGUAUUUAAAAGUUAAAUGUAAACAUGAAAUGUGAAUUGUGCGGUUCAAAUCGUCGUGACAGUAUUAAAUACGGCGAGUUUUUAACAAAAAAUGGAAAGGGUGUACAUACCAAUUGCUUGUAUUUAUCUUCCGCCAUAGUACAAAAUGGUAAAGAUGAGGAGGGAAUUUUGGGAUUUCUACCCAAUGAUAUUGCUGCAGAGAAAAAACGCGUAUCAACUAUAAAAUGCUGUUAUUGCUCAGAAAAUAUGGCUAAUAUAGGCUGCUGCGAAACACGCUGUACCCGCACAUUUCACAUGAUUUGUGGAAUCGAAAAUGGUGCUAUGAACCAAUUUAUGGGUACAUUUCGUUCCUUCUGCCAUCGUCAUAUACGCAAAGUAAAUUAUCGUCCUAAAAAAGAUGAUGAGUGCUGUAUAUGUUAUGAGAAAAUUUUCAAUGAGAGUACACGCUUCAAUGCGGUCAAUAUGAUACGUGCACCAUGUUGUCGGAAUGGUUGGUUUCAUAAAUACUGUCUACAACAAUUUGCCAAAAAUGCUGGAUAUUUUUUUAAAUGCCCACUUUGCAAUGAUAAUAAAAAAUUUAAAGAAAAUAUGUCUUCGUGGGGUGUAUUCGUACAAAACAAAGAUGCCGAGUGGGAAUUAGUUCCUAAUGCGUAUGCGGAACUACUUGAACGACCCAGUGUAUGUGCGGCUGAAACUUGUCGAAAUGCAAAGGGGCGUGCUCAUCAUCAGAACUCGAAUCCAUUUCUCUAUUGUGUAACCUGCGGGUCUGUAGCCAUCCAUCGUCAAUGCGAGCCGCAAAGAAGCAACUCAUUUGAAUGUGACAAUUGCAAAAGCAUAUUGCGUGCUGAUAGUGGCCGAGAAAGUAUGAGCUCCCAGCAAUUGUAUGUUGGACAAACGAACAGUUAUGACGCAGAUAUGAGCGACGCUGAAAACUCAGAUGUAGAUGUAUGUGGCUGCACUAGUGAGGAUGAAGAUGAUUUUGAUGUAAUUAAACGUCAGAUAACUCAAAAACACAAUGCAUUGCAAAAAAUACAAAACGUUGAUGACUUUGAUGCGAACAUAAACAGUAACGGAAGUCAGUGCAAUGAAAAAAACGAUUCUCUUAAUAUUUCAUGUAUUGCACAACGUACUCGGCGUAAAUCUCUUAAGAUGUGUCCAUCAACGAUUGAAGACCAGGAAUCAACAGAUGAUGAUAACCAAUCCACAAGCUCGUAUAAAUCGUCCAAUUGCUAUCAUAGAUUUGAGUAUGACGAAAGUAAUGAUGCAAUUACUGAUAAUAUUGACACCGAAGAAUUGUGUAGCACAGAAUCGACGAAAAACAGAACAGCUAAUUCUUUAGACAUAAGUUGUAUAGCAAAACGUACGCGACGCCGAUUCCUGAACAAAAUUGAAACAGAAGAUAAAAGUGUUUGUCAAAAACAUGAAGCUGAUCAACAUGCUACAAAUUCAAAUAAAUCCUACCAAUCACAGCAAGUCAAUCACAUAUUUAAGCAAAAUAUUUGUGAAGAUUCAGACACCGAAAGUUUGACGCAUAAUAAUGGUGAACAAGAAAUCAGGUACGGUGAUAACGGUGGUAGUGGCUUAAUGAAUUACUUCUUUGGACUAUUACACGAGAUAAAGUGCAAUUCACAAAAUAAACAUACACAAACUAAAAACAACAGAGAGGAAAAAGUGGAUGACAACGAUGUGAAACCUAAUCCAUUGGACAUAAGCUGCAUUGCCAACCGCACGCGGCGGCGGUUUAGUUCUUUAAAUAUAAAUGAAUCUAUUAAAGAAAUGGACGCAGAAAUGGCGGACUGCAAACCAGCAGCUAAUAAUAACAGCACUAGCAGUUCACAAGAAUCAUACGGAUCUACAACGUACUUUGGUCAUACUAUUGAACACCAAAAUGCAGCAGACAUUAAAUUAAACUGCCAUUAUAUAGAUAACGUCAACAAAACAAACAAAGCAGUUAGUCGUAAGCGCUGUCAUGAUGAAGAACAUAAAUACGAUUUGACUGCAUGCACACCCUCGAAAAUACCUGCAAUUACUAAAAACGAAAGCAAUUAUAAUAAAAUUGUUACUGUUGACAAGGACAAUUGCCUGCAAACUGCCUUCUUAGAGCACAGCGUAGAUGCGAAAGCUGAACAACAAAAACAAGAGAGUCAGGAGAAUAUUUUGGAGCAAAGCUGCAUAGCAAAUCGAACGCGGCGUAAAUCGAUGAACGUAAAUCAUUUUAAAAAAUUGACUGAUAUAGCAAGUAGGAAGCAAAGAUGCGUAUCUGUUGACGAACAAGCGCUAAGUAAUUGCCAGAAUAGAGCACUAACGCCGAAUAACAUACAACCUAAGGCUUCACAUUCCAAUGAUGCGCUGUCCUUAUCAGCUAUCAGGCGUGGACAGAGAAGACGCAUGCCUUCGCGCCGUUUGUUAGAUAGUGAUGAUGUACAUAGCACACACAAAUCAAUGUUGGGACGUUCACCAAUUGCCAAAUAUGCCAACUGGUCAAAUAUAAAAGAAACUUCCAGAGUCUAUUUCACGCAUCAUGGAAAACUGAAAAGUGCUUUAAAAGAAAGUGCUCAACAGCUACUACACACUCCCGCAGCGCAAACGCACUUUUCCCGAAGUUAUCAACUACUUCUCGAAUGCAAUGAGAACCACUUUGCUAGUACUAGUGGCAGCGCCCAACGCGUUUAGACAAGUGUUAUGGUCACGCAUAUGCUAUUUUUGUUGUAUAGUUCACUAAUUUAGAAAUAUAUUGCUUAUAUUAAUUUAUAAGAUGUUAGUUUUUAAGUCGUCCCUUUGACAUUUCCAUUUGCUGUUUUGCGUUAAAGUACAGCAGUUUGAAGUGCUAAAGUAUUUGUUAAAUUAAAACAAAAAUAUUCUCCCUAAAGUAACUGCUAUUGAUGCGCCUAAUUUCAUAUAAACAUUGAGUAUCAUUUUCAUUAUAUAUUUUUUCAUAUUCUUUUUAGUUACAUACAUAUUUGUUAGAUCAGUUACAAUAUUGUUAUAAUUUCCUAAAAUAUCAAACUUUAGAAUUUGUACCAUUCAUACGAAUUAUAUCUGGCAGCAUUACUGAAAUGUAAAAAAUUGGCUCUAAAUUAUAUUUAGUUUAGUUUAUUUUAGUUUUAUAAAAAGUGACAGAUAUUGAAUUCUUUAUUGUAUAAUUUGAAUUUUUGUUGAAUAUUUUCCACGUUUGAAUAAAACUACAUUUCAUAAAGCAUAUUGAAUACUCUAUAAAAUAUUAUAUUGAUAUAAAUGACAUGAAUUCACUAAAAUAUGGUGUUUGUUUUUUACUUGUGUGAUGGGUACGUAUUAUUUUAUGACUUGAAAGACAGAUUUGAUAAAAAAAAUACCCACCUGAAUAUUCCUUAUAGUUAUUGUUACUGACAAGCUGAUCUCUAUAGAGAUAUAUUUAGCAGUUUAAUGUAGUUUUCGUUACAGAUAACUUUAUUGCCCAUAUUAUGGUUUACAAUCCCACUCAGUAGAGUUGAAGUUAAGAUAAUUCAAUGGCAGUUCAAUUAAACUAAAAUUGGUAUUACGAUUUUCAAUUACUUUAGUUGAAGUUUGAUACGCGUUGCCAACUUAAAAAUGUGUAGAGUUGACUGAUAAUUAAACAGCUGAUUUGAAACGAAAAUUUGAAAAAAUGCAUCCGAAUUAUUUUUUAUAACAGUCGGGAUAAAUAUUGAAAUAGAAGUUGUUGUUGUUGUAGAAGGAAGUCUGAAUGUAUGCUUCAACGAUGAUGAUGUUAUGACCCAAACUGAUAUGUGCGUUUACAAAAAGGUUUCGUGAUCAAUUGCAUCCAUUGGAACAUUCAAGCAAAGUAUUAUCGAACUUCAACUGAAACUUCUUUCACGGAUUGAGUUGUAAUCGAUAAUACCGAAUUUCAGAACAUCAACAAUUUUGGUCGUAAUAGAGAGCUUUAGGUUUAUAUUGUGAAAAUACUUGGUUACUCACUAUAUAAAAGUCUCACUCCACAGAAAUUCUGGUAAGUGUUUGAAGAGAAAGACAUCGAGAAGUUGAUAACGAUUCCAUUGGUUAUAGUAGCUCUCCAGCAUUGGAGAUUAGGGGCCGCAGAUAAAACAAAUAUAAAUCUGCAAGAAGACUUGCAUACUCCCGAUAUAUGUUUCUUUCUGACAAACGCCCACUAAAUUAAAGCUGACCAUAUCUG